CCCUGCUGUCUUCCGCCCAAGCCACUCAGUCUCUAACCUCCCCGUCCACGCCAGCGCUUCGCGGGCUUGGGCGGGAAGGAACCAAAAAUGGGCGCUAAGGUGCGCUCGAGUUUCUCGCUCCUGGCGCUCCUCGUGCUGGGGAUCCUCUACGGCCGCUGCGCGCAGGAGCUGCAGGACGUCCGGCUGCGGCAGGGAACCGAAGCGCGCCCUCCGCCGCCCUGCGCUAGCGGCAGCCCUAAUGCCAGCGCCGCGCCGCCCGCGCGGCCGCCGGGGCCAUGGGACGAGUGGCGCCUGCCCGCGCACCUGGCGCCCGCGCACUACUCGCUGCUGCUGUGGCCCCACCUGGCGCCCGGCCUGCCCGAGCCGCGCACGCACUCGGGCCGCGUGAACAUCAAGGUGCGCUGCCGCCAGGCCACGGCCACGGUGCUGCUGCACAGCGCCGGCCUCACCUACCGGAGCGCCGCCGUCUGGGGCCCGGGCGCCCACGGCAGCCGCCGCAGCGUCCCCGUGGCCGAGCUGUGGCCAGCGCCCCAGAACGAGUACGUGGUGCUGGAGCUGCGCGAGAACCUGAGCGCGGGCGCCCUCUACGAGGUGCAGCUCGCCUUCCAGGGCACGAUCCACAGCUUGUGGGAUCCCCACGGGCUCUUCCUCAACACGUACGAGGACGAAGGAGAGAGCAGGCAGCUGAUUGCAUCACAGCUAGCACCAACAGGUGCGAGGCGUGUCUAUCCAUGCUUUGAUGAGCCUGCACUGAAAGCGACCUUUAGCAUCAGUAUUGUACACCAUCCGAGCUACGUAGCUCUUUCCAACAUGCCAGCAAUAGAUGUAUCUGAGUAUCAGGAUGUGAACGAGAGCACAGCGAGUGGAUGGAUAAACGAGACUGCAGACAUAAACCUGACCACAGGCAUAAACUGGACUGUCACAACAUAUGAAACAAGUCCAAAAAUGUCCACUUAUAUAACUGCUUUUGUGGUCUGCAACUUUGAUCAUGUCACCAGAACAGAGAGGGGCAAAAAGAUACGUAUUUGGGCUAGGAAGACUGCAGUUCAAAAUGGAUUGGUUGACUAUGCUUUAAAUAUCAGUGGACCAGUAUUUUCAUUUAUGGAAGACUUAUUUGACAUCAGCUACACUCUUGCAAAAACAGAUUUUAUUGCACUACCUCACAUGACAAGUAGUGCUAUGGAAAACUGGGGACUAAUCACUUUCCAGGAAGAAAACUUACUGUAUCCCCUUCAAGAUACCAGCAGAAAAUGGAAAAAAAUGAUUCUUCAUGCAAUUUCCCACGAGAUAGUACACCAGUGGUUCGGAAACUUGGUUACCAUGGCAUGGUGGAAUGAGUUAUGGCUUAAUGAGGGAUUUGCAACUUAUUUUGGAUAUCUAGGGGAACAUUACAUUGAUUCCACAGAGCCCCUGGACCAAGUCUUUAGCUAUAAGAUUGUAUUAGCUGUGAUGCCAAGCGAUGCACACAUGUAUCAGGCUUUAUCAGACAGAGAUGAAAAGCGUCAAUCUGCUACAUUAUCACGCCUGUUUAGUCAAGUGACAUACCAGAAGGGGGCUGCCAUUGUCCGGAUGCUGUCCAACUUUCUGACAGAACGACUGUUUAUAAAAGCACUCAGUUCCUAUCUGAAUGCAUUUGCCUUUUCAAAUACCAUCCAAGAUGAUCUAUGGAAUCACAUCCAAAAGGUAAUAGAUGAAGAGAAUGACCUCCAAUUGCCAGCACCAGUAAAAGUUAUAAUGGACUCUUGGACCUGCCAGGCUGGCUUCCCACUUCUAACAGCAAAUUUCUCCUCUGGGAAAAUCAGCCAGGAAACAUUUUAUGUAAGAAAAGGAAAAAGCAGUGCAAAUAACACAUGGAUAAUUCCUAUUUCUUGGAUGAGAAAUGGAACUAUGCAGCCUUUAGUAUGGCUGGAUAGCAGCAGCAAAAUAUUUUCUGAAAUGGAAAUAACAGAUUCAGAACAUGAUUGGAUUAUUUUAAAUGUGAACAUGAUUGGUUACUAUAGAAUUAAUUAUGAAGAAACAUACUGGAGAAAAAUUGCCAAAUGGCUUGAAAAAGACCCAAAGGUGAUUCCUGCUGUCAAUAGGUUGCAGUUGAUGGAGGAUGCCUUUCAGCUGAUGAGGGCUGGUUACACUGCAUAUGAUACUCCCCUGUAUUUAACUAAGUACCUUGGAAAAGAAGAUGAUCUCAUUGUAUGGAAAGUAGUACUGAAUCAUCUAGAAGCUGGAAGCUGGAAGGUUAUCCAGAGUGAUAAUGAACUAUAUCCAGUGUUGAAGAAAUACUUCUUACCACGAAUUUCACCAAUAUACCAUCAAUAUGAAGAUCUUCUUCGUCAGAAUCUUGAUGUGUUGACAGAUGACUAUUCUCCUAUAUUCCUUAUAGAAACAAUUCUUGAGACUGCAUGUUGGAUUGGACUCCAAGAGUGUUUAGACCUAGCUUCUGAGAUCUUCACCAAGUGGAUGAACAAUUCCAGUCUUGAGGUUUCUGCAUGUCUUAGCAAAACUAUUUGUUGCUAUGGUGUUCAGCAGGGUAGUGACAAAGAAUGGGACUUUGUAUGGAAAAUGUUCAAGCAGAAUAAUGCAGGACUGAUGGUAAAAUACAACAUGUUUUCUGCUCUAAGCUGCACCCGUGAGCCAUGGUUACUUCAAAGGUUCUUGCAGUUCAUCCUCAAUGAUUUUGCUAUUUCACCACAAUAUGGAAAUAAAGCAAUCGAGGAUGUAGCAUCAAGUGAAGCUGGCCGUGAGAUAGCAUGGACAUUUUUCAGAGAGAAUUGGUUGCAUCUGUAUAAUCGAGAUGUAUUUGGAACAGUAAAUGCUUUAAGCUCAUUUGCUAGUACAGAUAUAGACUUCCAAAUGUUACAGGAUUUUAUUAACAAUACAGUUGAGCCAAAAAGAAGAGAACAUGCCUCUUUUAAGAUGACGUUGGAAGCAAAUGCAAAUAAAAAGGAAAAAGAAUCUGUGACUAAGAUGAUUAAAUGGCUAAAGAAGAACAUGGAUGACUGAUAUUUAGUAACACUUUCAAAAAUCUAUUUUUAGUACCUGAGUUGCUGAUAAUUCAUCCUUUGUUUUAAAGCAUCUGUUAUUUUUGUGUAGAAAUUAACGUGACUUCAUGUUUCAGGCAGGGGUGAUCAAGUGAUAUUCUGCCCAGGGCAAAGCAAGGUACUUUAUUGUCAAAAGGACUAAAAGUGCCGGGCAAUACAUGCUUGCAUUUCAUCCUGAAUUCUUCCUCUGUGGGUAAUGAAAGAAAUAUAUUUUAAAGUUUUGCUUUCUUCCCUUUUAAAUGAAGGGAAAUAAGAUGAUGAGAAAACACAAUCUGCAGGGUUAUCCUAAAAGUACACAACAGGAAUAUGGUUUCUGAUCUUUGCAGACAGCAGUUGAUAGAAGUUCAGAAUUAAUAUUUUAAUACUAAUUUUUUUUGCCAAAUCUAUUCAAAAUCACUUGACAAAUUCUCCAGAGAUAUUUAUCCAAAAUUAUUGUUAGGCCUUUUAUAGAAUCCAUGUAGAACACAAGCCCUUACCAAGGAAUAUUUAUGAAAUACUGCCUGACUUUUUACAUAAAAAUAAAUUGUUCUGGCAAAGUGUUCGUAUUCCAGUUUAAUAGUAAACAGGGAAAGAAUAAACCAUGUAAGGGAGAAAAAGAUACAGCAUAAUCCAUCACUAUUUGUGGUGCAUUCAGUCAUGCUUAACUCUUUCCUGGAUUUUAGCCAAAGCAUCAAAGAACAAAACAGGAAGUUAUAAUGCAGGAUUACAGUAAGUUAGACAAACACCUCUGGAGUAGGGCAUCAGGGAUAAAUGCCAAGGGUGGGCAACCUGCAUCCAAAGGACUGUAUGUGACCCUCACCCUAAUUUCAAAAACUUCCUUGAUGCAGUCCUAAAAGCAACCUGUCACUUCCCUAGCAGGUUGUCAAAUGGGAAGGAAAAGGGGGAGUUGGCAGGGAAAGACCAGUAUGAUGUGCUCGUUUCUCCCAUGAUGGGCAAUGCAAAUCUACAGAAAAUGAUGCAAUGGUGUUAGCUAUUAUUCUGUAUCACAAAUCAAAGCAUCUUUGCAAUACUCUCUGUAUUCAGAACAGUGUUUUUGCCUCUCUCUUAAGGAGUUACCUAGAUCAAAGGCUGUGCAUGUGUGAUUGAAAAGCAAACUAGCACCCAGGCCAGAACAUUGGAAUGUAUUGCACAUUGGGCUGAAGAAUGUUGUUGUGUACUUGGCUUUGAGAUAGAAUGCCAUAUGGAAUUGCUCCUUUUUCCAUUUUCUUCUUUCCUUUUUAUGUUUAUACAGUGCUGACAUUUUAAAUAAACAAGCCAUUUUAAUCAAUAUUGCCAUUUUGUAAAUGUUUAUGAUGCAACUUGUGAUAAGAUAAUAUAGUUGAUUGCCAAUGAUACUA